AUGGAAUACCCUGACUACUAUUUCCCCUUCAACAGCUCCGACGACGAGAGCAGUGAGGUGCAUGAGCGCUUCCUGCGGUUCCGUGAGGUCUUCCUGCCCUGUGUGUAUGCAGUGGUGUUCGUCUUCGGUCUGCUGGGGAACUUGCUGGUGCUGCUGAUCUACGUCAUCUACCAGAAGCUGCAGAGUGUGACAGACGUGUUCCUGGCCAACCUGCCCCUGGCUGACCUGGUGUACGUCUGCACGCUCCCCUUCUGGGCCUACGCAGGCUUCCACCAGUGGGUCUUCGGUAGGGCCCUGUGCAAGAUCCUGCAGGGCAUCUACACCGUCAACUUCUACGUGUCCAUGCUCACGCUCACCUGCAUCACCGUGGACAGGUUCAUCACGGUGGUCCAGGCCACCAAGGCCUACAAGCAUCGGGCCAUGCACAUGGCCUGCAGCAAGGGCAUCGUGGGCGGCACCUGGGUGGUCUCCGUGCUGCUGUCCCUGCCGCAGAUUAUCUACAGCGAGGUCCACUCCCGAGACAGGCUCAUCUGUGACUACGAGGAAAACGAGGUUUUCAGGGUGGUCCUGGCCACCCAGACAACCCUGGGCUUCUUCCUGCCCCUGCUCACCAUGAUGCUGUGCUACCCGGUCAUCAUCCGGACCAUUCUGCUCUCCCGAGGCUUCCGGAAGCACAAAUCUCUGAAGAUCAUCAUCGUGGUGGUGGCCGUGUUCCUGCUGACCCAGACACCCUUCAACCUCGUCAAGCUCAUCCGAAGCUCCAACUGGGAGUACUACGCCAUGACCAGCUUCGACUACGCCAUCGUCGCGACUGAGGCCAUCGCAUACUUGCGCCUCUGCCUUAACCCUGUGCUCUAUGCCUUUGUCGGCCUCAAGUUCCGGAAUAACUUCCGGAAACUCAUGAAGGAUGCUGGCUGCAUCGGAUUCUUGAGACAAUGGAAGUCUUCUGAGGACAACUCCAAGAGCUGCUCUCCUUCACACAACCCAGAGGGCACCUGCAUGGUCCAGCUGUAG